AUGUCGAUACCUAAAGGUCUCAAGCUCUGCUGUUACAUCACAACACUCAUCUUGUUUAUAUUCACCAUUACCGUGGUAACCCUAUCCCUCACGAUAUUCAAGCCCAAGCAGCCCAACAUCACCGCCCGCCCCAUCGGUCUUGAGAACAUCCAGUUCAAUGGGACGUACCCGAACAACGUUACCCUAGAUGUCACGUUGAGUGUAUUGAUCACAAUAGACAAUCGAAACUAUGGCGGUUUCGAGUAUAAGAACUCCACGGGUUAUAUUAACUACCGAGGCAUCCUUGUCGCUGAGGUUCCCAUAGAACACAAGGUUAUACCAGCUCGCUCAAAAGUCAACAUCACCACGACCACAGAUGUCAUGGCCGAUAAGCUGAUACUGGACCCAGAUUUCUGGGCCGACCUCGAGGCGGGCUUGUUGAACUUGACUUCUACGGCAACUCUACAUGGAAAAUUAAGUGUGAUGAAGAUCUUGAGGCUGCACGCGACUGCUUAUAGUACGUGCGACAUCUCAAUCUUUAUCCAGUCCCGAGAUAUCAAGUCUAAAUGCAACUCGAGGAUUAAGUUAUGA